GUGUGGACCGAGGUGAACCUGUCAAGAACAAAACAAGACGAAGAUAAAACAAAAUGGCGUUUGACGGAGACGUUAUUGUGUUUAUAGUAGUUCAGUGUUCCUAAUCAGUACGUACAUGGACACAUAUACGUCGUUUAAUAGAGUAAACGUCGUUAAUAAUUGUUUGUAUUCGGAUACAUUAGUCUGAGCGCACUUUGAAGCUCCUCCCGCUACCUUAGCUCGCUAGUUAGCUUAGCUUGUUGGCUGCUAACAAAGAGAGGCGGAAGUGAUCAAAACACAUCGCUAAGCAGAGAUCAAGUGUGAGUGUAAAGUGUUGUGAUUGUGUGAAAAUGUGCGAAAGAACGAUAGCAGAGUACGAGGAGGAACUUUCUCGGACAAAAGAGGAGAACAAGAGACUACGUCAACUACUGGACGCUGUUUUCAAGAAACAUCAAGUUGUGUUACACAGAACAGAUGUCCAGCAGUCUCCCCACAUUAAAGAGGAAGAGGAGGAAGUGUGGAUCACUCAGGAGGAAGAGUGUCUUCUAGGGCAGGAGGAGGCUGAUCUCACCAAGUUUCCACUGACUGUUGUCUCUGUGAAGACUGAAGACCAUGAAGACAAACCACCUGAGUCCUCACAGCUUCAUCACAGUCCAAACGUCCAGCAGCUGGUUGGACUUCCUCAUUCACAGGGUGUCAACUCCAUUUUGAAGCAGGAGGAUCCACAUCCCCCCCACAUUAAAGAGGAAGAGGAGGAAGUGUGGAUCACUGGGGAGGGAAAGUGUCUUCUAGGGCAGGAGGAGGCUGAUCUCACCAAGUUUCCACUGACUGUUGUCUCUGUGAAGACUGAAGACCAUGAAGACAAACCACCUGAGUCCUCACAGCUUCAUCACAGUCCAAGUGGGGAGAACAGAGCUGUGGAACCUUCAAGAAGCAGCUCACCACAACACAUGACGGCAGAAGGUGAUGGAGACCACUGUGGAGGAUCACAAGCAGACAACUUCUUAGCUCCACUAUCAGAUAGUGAGGACACAACGUCACCCGUUAAUGUAAAUAUGGAAUCGCACAUAAGAACACACACUGAAGAAAAACCCUUUUGUUGUUCAGUUUGCGCAAAAGACUUUAUUAAAAGCUCUCUUUUGACUCAACACAUGCGGACACACACAGGAGAAAAACCUUUCAUUUGUUCAGUUUGCGAUAAAAGAUUCUCCAUCAAAACUAACAUGCAAAUACACAUGAGAACACACACGGGAGAAAAACCUUUCAGUUGCCCAAACUGCGGCAAAAGAUUUUCUCAAAAUGGAACGAUGUUGUCACAUAUGAGGAGACACACAGGUGAAAAACCUUUCAGUUGUUCAGUUUGUGGUAAGAGAUUCUUUGACAAAAGUAAAAUGCAAACACACAUGAGAACGCACACGGUAGAAAAUCCUUUCAGUUGUUCAGUUUGCGCCAAAGGCUUUGUGAGAAACUCUGAUUUAACUCAACACAUGCGAACGCACACAGGAGAAAAACCUUUCAAUUGCUUGAACUGCAGCAAAACUUUCUCUCAAAAGGGAUCGUUGCUGUUACACAUGAGUACACACUCAGGAGAUAAACCUAUCAGUUGCUCGGUGUGCGGUAAAAGAUUCUCCAACAAACGUAAUAUCCAGAGACACAUGAGAACGCACACGGGAGAAAAACCUUUCAGUUGUUCAGUGUGUGGCAAAAGUUUAUCUAACAAACAGAACAUGCAAAAACACAUGGAAACACACACAGGAGAAUAACCUUUCCUUUUUUGGAAAUUGAAUGGACCUAAUAGUCACAAAAUAGUCAUUACUGCAGGGCUUCUAAAAAGUCCGGACUUUGGUCCGGAUAAACCAGUCAGGAUGGUAUGUUAUGAAUUACAAAACACUAUCAGGUACUUCAACAUCAACAAUCAAUGCCGUGGAAAGAUCCUCGACUCUUUACAUUUCAAAAAAAGUAAUCUGCGAAAGGGUGCCGAGCUGUCAUCCUGGUGGAUAAGCUUUUUUGGAAUGGUCAACUAUAUCGUGACGAGAAAGCUACGCCACUUUUAUUCUUCUCUUAAUACAGCAUGUCAUAGAACGCAUGUAAACAUAGCCAUACCCACUGUGGAAAUGUAAACUAAAUUAUUACUGUUGUUUUCUCUAUUUGUUGUUUCCUAUUGUGUGUACCAACCUACCACUCCUUUCUUCUUUUUUAUUGACUUUAUUUAUUUUUCCUCCUUUUUCUAUUCGCCUAUCUGUCAUAUAGCUCUGUCGUCCUCCGCAUUUACCACAAUUAAAUUACA